AUGGGUUGCUCCACCUUCUCUGAAUAUACUGUAGUUGCUGAUAUCUCACUCUGUAAAGUGAAUCCAGAGGCUCCAUUGGAGAAAGUCUCUCUUCUUGGAUGUGGAAUUUCGACAGGAUACGGAGCAGUUUUGAAUACUUGUAAGGUCGAAGAGGGAAGUACUGUAGCUGUUUGGGGUCUUGGAGCUGUUGGAUUGGCUGUGAUUAUGGGCGCAAAGGCUGCUGGUGCCAAAAGAAUCAUUGGAAUCGAUUUGAUUGAAUCGAAGUUUGAAUCGGCAAAAUUCUUCGGAGCCACUGAGUGUAUCAAUCCAAAAAAUGUUCAGUUGGCCGAAGGAAAGAGCUUCCAAGCAUGGCUUGUUGAUAACUUCGAUGGAGGAUUCGACUACACUUUUGAGUGUAUUGGAAAUGUUCAUACUAUGCGUCAAGCUCUUGAAGCUGCCCACAAAGGAUGGGGAGUCUCGUGCAUCAUUGGAGUCGCAGGUGCCGGACAAGAAAUUUCCACUCGUCCAUUCCAGCUUGUCACUGGCCGCACAUGGAAGGGAACUGCUUUCGGUGGCUGGAAAUCAGUCGACAGUGUUCCAAAGCUUGUCGAAGAUUACUUGAACAAGAAGCUUCUUAUCGAUGAAUUUAUCACUCAUCGGUAUCAUAUUGAUGAGAUCAACACUGCAUUCGACGUCCUUCACAAAGGAGAAAGCUUGAGAUCCGUAUUGGCUUUUGAGAAGAAAUAA